AUGCGCGGCCCUGAACGCAGCAGCAGCAGCGCGGCCUGUGAUUGGUCGCAGAGCACAUUUGGCUGUGACGCAUCCACGGCGCAGGCCAAAGUGUUAGAGCUGCGAGACACCGACGAGCUGCCUCUUCUUGAAAUGUCUUCGGCUGAACACAAUUCAACAUCUAGUUUGCUGAACAAGUUUGAGAAACUGUCAUGGAGGCCCUCCGUCAGGGAAUCAGGCACCAAAAAGCGCGCGCGGUGGCUCCAGGCUCGUCGCCUUUUCUCCCACUCAUGUCCUAACCUCAGAAUCCCAAACAGAUUCUUAAGAGAAGGGCAGUUUGUACCUCCUGCCAGGAGUGGGCAUCGCUGUGUUGCAGACAACACAAACUUGUAUGUGUUUGGGGGCUACAACCCGGACUUUGAGGAGGCCGGUGGAUCAGAAAAUGAAGAUUACCCGCUUUUCAGAGAACUUUGGCGGUUUCACUUUGCAACUGGAACCUGGCAGCAAGUGGCCACAGAGGGUUACAUGCCCACGGAGCUCGCCUCUAUGUCAGCUGUCAUGCACGGCAACAACCUCCUCGUCUUUGGUGGGACUGGGAUUCCUUUUGGUGAAAACAAUGGCAACGACGUCCAUGUUUGCAACGUUCACUAUAAGCGAUGGAACCUCCUCAACUGCCGAGGGAAGAAGCCCAACAAGAUCUAUGGACAGGCCAUGAUAAUCGUCAACGGCUACCUCUAUGUGUUUGGAGGAACUACGGGCUAUCUGUACAGCACAGAUCUGCACCGACUGGACCUUGCCACCAGAGAGUGGACCCACCUCAAGCCAAACAACACGCCCUCGGACCUACCGGAAGAAAGGUACAGGCAUGAACUGGCUCAUGAUGGACAGAGGAUAUACGUCUUGGGUGGGGGGACUUCAUGGACGUCGUACUCUCUGGACAAGGUUCAUGCAUAUAACUUGGAAACUAAUUAUUGGGAGGAGAUUGCAACUAAACCCCAUGGAAAAAUAGGGUAUCCUGAUGCUCGCCGCUGUCACAGCUGUGUUCAGGUCAAAAACGAGGUUUUUAUUUGUGGAGGUUAUAACGGAGAGAUGAUCCUGUCUGACCUCUGGAAAAUCAACCUUCAAACGUUUGAAUGGACCAAGCUUCCUGCAAUGAUGCCAGAGCCCGCGUACUUCCACUGUGCAGCAGUGACUCCGGCUGGCUGCAUGUACGUUCACGGAGGCGUGAUCAACAUGUCGGGAAACAGAAGGACUAGUUCUCUGUACAAACUGUGGCUGGUGGUGCCGAGCCUGCUGGAGCUGGCGUGGGAGAAGCUGCUCAAAACCUUCCCUCACUUAGCACAGCUGUCCACCCUGCAGCUGCUCAACAUGGGCCUGACGCACACACUCAUCCAGCGGCUCAAAUAG